ACGUGCAAACGAUGAAUUCAUCUGAAAGCGUCCCGGAUUACUUAAAUAAAAAUAUAUUCCCGAUUUUAUUAAAUGCAAUGGAGGAAAUGUUACUUGAAGCUGAUCGUCGAAAUGCAUUAGAAACACAUAAAUGCUCCUUUAAUGGAUUGGAUUAUCUUGCGGAGAUUCUUUGGAAUCGAAAUUCGCAACAUCCGAGUAGAUUGUGCACUUGGCAAGGCAUAUUUAACAUACCACAAUUCAAGCUAUGGCUAAAGUUGCAUCCUAGGCCAAUUUAUCCAAAAUCAUGGUUGUGGACUAAAGAGGAGGCCGCUUUACAUAUACAGAGAUAUGUUCGUGGUUGGCUUGUUAGAAAAAAAACGGAUGUUCAGGAGAUGCGUCAGUUUUGGAAGGUAUUAGUAUAAUUAAGGAAUUGAAAAAUAAAUAAUGGUUCUUGCAUAAAUUCUAGGUCAUUCGUGCAGAAAAAAUGGACACUCCUGAAUUUAAUUAUACAUCCAAUGAAAUGGAGCUUUGAGAAUCGGAUUGUUUUCUUUUUACGUUUCUCCCUAAAGUAAUUUAUUGCUUCUCUCUUCAGAAAUAAUUUAUAAAAUAUUUAUUCUUAACAACUAUAUAU